AACAUGAGAGAAACCCACCUCGAUUUCCUCUCCAACAAUGGCGUUUCAUUGCUUCUUCUUCUUCUUCUUCGUCUUCGUCUUCGUGUUGUCUCCUCCGUUUGUUUAUUGCUCAGUCACCAACUCUCUACCUGGUUUCCAUGGCACUCUUCCCUUCGAACUCGAAACCGGGUAUGUGGGUGUCGGUGAAUCGGAGGAAGUACAGCUCUUUUACUACUUCAUCAAGUCAGAAAGGAAACCAAGCGAAGAUCCUGUCUUGGUUUGGUUAACCGGUGGGCCCGGUUGCAGUUCGUUUUCCGGUUUAGCUCUCGAAAUCGGUCCUUUGAAGUUCGAGUUAACGGAGUACAAUGGAACGACGCCGACGUUGUUGCCAACUCCGGAUUCUUGGACCAAGUCUGCGAGCAUAAUAUUCGUGGACCAACCUGCGGGCGCUGGAUUUUCGUACUCGACAACUCCACGAGGUUAUCAAGCAAGUGACACGCGAUCGGCUCUCCUUGUUGAUCAAUUUGUUAGAAAGUGGAUGCUGCUCCAUCCGGAGUUCAUAUCGAAUCCGUUGUACAUCGCUGGAGACUCCUACUCGGGAAUGAUCGUUCCUCCGACUACUCUUCGUAUCUCCGACGGGAACGAUAGAGGCGUCCAACCUCGUGUGAACCUCAAGGGUUACGUUUUGGGCAAUCCCCUUACCAACGAGGAGACGAAUCACAACGCCGGGAUUCCAUACGCUCACGGAAUGGGACUUAUUUCCGAUGAAAUCUACGAGUCAUUGGUGAGUAGCUGCAAGGGAAAUUACCACAUCGUGGACCCAAGCAACAGAGAAUGCGCGAGGGCUCUUGAACGGUACAAUGAGUGCAUUACAGGUAUAAAUCUGUCAAUGAUCACGGACGAUGCAUGUGAUGCUGACCUUCCUAAUCCUCGGCCCAAGUGCAAGACGUAUUAUUACACUCUGUCAAGUUACUGGUCCAACGAUGAAUCUGUCCGCAGAUCACUCGGCAUACGAGAGGGGACAAUUGGGGAAUGGGUGAGAUGCAAUGGUGACAAUAUUCCAUAUAACAACGACGUUAUAAGCAGCUUUCCGUAUCAUGUCAAUCUAAGCAUGAAAGGUUAUCGUUCUUUGAUUUACAGUGGUGACCAUGACAUGAUCGUACCGCAUGUUGCAACACAAGAAUGGGUUAGAGCGUUGAAUUACUCCAUCAUUGAUCAUUGGAGGCCAUGGAUGGACCGCCACCAAGUUCAAGGGUACACGAGGACGUACGCUAACCAAAUGACAUUUGCAACUAUCAAAGGCGGAGGACACACGGCUGAAUUUAAGCGUGGACCGUACGGUGUCAUGUUUAAUCGGUGGAUUAACGGCGAACCUUUGUGAAAGUGUAAUGCGUGACAUUAUAUAUUAUAUACAUAUAUAUGGGGGAAUUUGUUACUCUUAUUUCGUUCGGUUGAUUCAAAACUAAAUUUAUUAAA